UUCGCGCACGAUAAUACCAGCGGGCAUUCUAUUUCGAAAACUCAAAAGAAUUGUAACUGAAUAUGCAGAUUGGUUCAAAGUAUGCAGAAGUAGCAUGCCGUCGAGGUUAAUUUCUAUUUUUAUAACAACGCUGCUAUUGACGUUGCUAAGCAACGUAGGCAACUCUUUUGCCGGUUUAGUUUCCGAAAAUGGCGACGACGAGAAAUGCAUACUAAAAGAGGACGAUAUGUGGGAGGUGCACGCUUGGUUCUUUGCAGAAGCGGCUACAAUAACGCUAAAAAUACUCACAUCGAAGCACUUCGAUGGCCAUCUUAAAGACUACGUGGACAAUUUUCUCAAAUUGGUAUAUUCGCGUGAAAUUGAGCGCAGUGUACGCAUUGAUCUGUACAAUAUCAGCCGAACCAGGGCCAAACGCAGUAUUCAAGUGGUUAAUGAUUUCGGAAAUUACGACUCACUUCCGGAAUUACCAACAGCUCUGCGCGUGGAACUCAAUCAGGCCCGUUCGUUUUCCGGUGAUCAGGAGGAAGCUUACGUAAUCAUUGUCUGGAAUGAAAUCGUACUCGAGCACUAUCUCAAGUCACAACCCACGCAGAUCAUACGUAACACACGUGCAACAUACCUAAUCCUGUUCGUUGAACAUUACGAUAAUACAUGCAUAAAAAACGAGCAGUUCGGUAAAAUAUUACCAAUGAUCUGGCACGAAUUCAAAGUACUAAACAUGAUUACGCUGGCGCCAUGCAGUUGUAAUCCACGUAUAAUAUUCAAAUACGAUCCGUUCUUCUAUGAUAACUCAACGAUGACAUGGGGACUAAUAAAACACCGCACGUUGAGUGAAGCGCGUGCGAAUCCCUUUCGGGUGAUUAACACACUGCGUUCUUUGAAAGGCAUGACGCUGAAUGUGACAUUAUUCGAGCGCACGCCGAGCGCAGUGAAAGAUUUACCGGAGACGAUGAUACAUUACGACUGCAUGCAUACGGACCUAGCGCACGGUUUUAGCGGUUUCGAUGGUUGCGUGCUCGGCAACAUGGCGUACUAUUUAAACUUUGUCGUCAACAUUGUCGAUUCCAGUGAUUACGGCUAUCAACUCUCCAAUGGUACGUACAUCGGUAGUCUAGCACACGUUGUUUAUAAAAAAGCCGAUUUUGCUGCAAACAGUCGUUUCAUGACUGCGUUGGACACGCGUAAUAUUGAAUACACAACACCGGUUACCAAUGACGUUGCGUGUUUUAUCGUGCCGAUGCCGAAACGAAUGCCACAGUGGGUGAUGAUAUUCAGAUGUUUUAAAAUUGAAACGUGGCUUGUCAUUUUUAUUAUGAUGAUUGUGCUAGCGCUGUGUUUCAAUUUCGGACGACGGAUAGAUUUUUACAAUCGUAUACGCGCUGUGCCCUUGGCGAAUGAUUUAGUCGACGUGUUCGGCAUUUCGGUCGGACAAGCCGUCCCCACUCCAACGUCUAUCUACCACCAGAGAGUUAUCCUCGCAUCGUGUAUGAUAUUCAACGUUAUCGUUGCGGGUAUUUUCCAAGGCUCGCUGUUCAAUUCAUUCUCGCGUAUCGUCUACUAUCCACGCAUAAAUACGCUCCAGGAGUUGUACGAUUCUGGACUGCCGAUCGCGACAAGCGUAGAUGUGUUUCAGGAUGGCAAGUCAGAGAUUUUAAAGAAAUUGAAAUCGAGACGUGUGUACUUGUCAGAGAAAGCGAUCAAUCGGUCGGCGUACCGACGGGAUAUCGUCGCUGUGGAACGGAGACAGGAUGCGUUCUUCUUGAUACAGACCAAGUUCGUUUCGGAUCAAGGCGUGCCAAUGCUGCACGUUGUGCCCGAGUGUCCCUCGUCGUAUUUUCUUGCGUAUGCGGUGCAAAAAAACUCGCCGUUCUUGCCGCGCUUCAAUGACUUGCUUACUAGAUUUCUCGAGAGCGGACUGAUAAAUAAAUGGUAUCGCGAUACGCUCUACGGAUUCAUAAUGAGGAAGAAAAUUCACACAAAAGUCCUGGAGCAGAUUCAGAAAGCCUUCAAUUUUGAGGAUGUUCAGACGGCUUUUUAUCUGUUAGCGCUUGGGAUUAUUUUCGCUUUUGUCAUUUUUGUGUUUGAAGUGAUAUUCGCCGGCAUUAAUUCACGGUUUGCGUCACGAAAAGCUCAUAAAAAUACGGUAUUGCUCACAAAUAAAUAAAUACCUUGUACGAAUGCAUUGUUAGGGGUUUUAUUCAGAAAAUUAAAUUAUUUAUGUUAUUUUAAAUAAUUUAAUUGAGUAAUCUAUAUGUAGUACAUACCACGACAAAUAGAAUAACAUUUUACUUUGGAAUUUCCGAUUUUUUUUAAGAAAAAACUCAAUUUUUUGAUAGGCGUUCUUAAAUGACAUAAAUUAAUUGUUUACGACAUUUUCUCGUUGUAAAUUUUGUCAUAAAUUACACUUUUUUUUACAAAAAUAUUGGAAAAUAAAUUUUAGACCUUUUUUGUUUAAUCUAAAUAUAUACAAUUUGCGUGUCACAGUGUUUGUUUCCGUACUCCUCCGAAACGGCUUUACCGAUUUUUACCAAAUUUUAUAUGCGUAUUCAGUAGGUCUGAGAAUCGGCUACUAUCUACCCCUAAGUGAUAAGAGUUGUUCACCCUUAACUUUUUUUAAUUUUCGGACGAAUUUUUUUGUUUUUAUUUUUUAUAAUGUGGCAUUAAAAAAUACAUACAACCCUAAAUUUUUAGUUUUUUAUUACCAACCCCUAUUUCUUUAUAGCCAUUUUAGUAAUUUAAUCAUUUUUCAUGCC